AUGGCCUCACCAGCCACCGAAAAUGACUCCAUUCCAUCCACUCACCCACAAAAGAUGAAAGCAUGGGUCCAUACCUCAACCGGAUUACCAGAGAAAGUCCUCGCAUGUUCAAACGACAUCCCAUUUCCACAUUCCCCUGUCGGAGAAGAAGUGCUGGUCAAGAUCAGCCAUGCAGCUCUCAACCCAGGAGGUUCAAUCAUGAUGCAAAUCUGUCCCAUGCUCUUUCGAGCCAAACCUGCAAUUCCCGAAAUGGACUUCGCGGGUACAAUUGUCCAAGUCGGUCCAAUUGUCCCAGAAUCACAGGGUCUGAGGGCGGGGACUGAGGUGUUUGGAUCGGUCCUAGUGAGCUCGCAUAUUCGAGCUGGAAAGGGAUCAUUGGCGGAAUUUGUGUUGGUGUCUGCUGAGAAUGUGUGUCUGAAACCAGAAAAUAUGUCGCUAAAAGAAGCAGCAGGACUACCAGUUGCAGGGUGCACAGCUUUGGCAUUGUUUGACUCUGCGAAGUUGGAGGAGGGAAUGAAGAUUUUGAUCAAUGGUGCAAGUGGUGGUAUUGGGUCAAUGGCCUUGCAGAUUGCAAGGUCGGCUGUGGGCAAUAGCGGAAAGAUCGUUGCAAUUUGCUCAAAGGCCAACAUUGAGAUGGUCAAAGGACUCGGAGCUGAUGAGGUCAUCGACUACCAAGAGCACGCACCGGUACACAAAUUCCUGACCACUGAGUUCGCAAACGACAAGUUCGAUGUAGUCAUGGACGCAUUUGGUAUCCAAGAGAUAUUCCACAACUGUGAAGGCUAUCUCAAACCCGGGAAAGCAUUUGUCAACGUAGGCCCUGCGAUGCCUACCUACUCUAUGAGAGCUAUUCUGUACAGCAUUGGCCAGAUGGCGAGCAAUUUCCUCUGGCCGCGAUUUCUUGGUGGGCCGAACAGGCCAUACAUCCAGUUUGCAGCUACUGCGACACAAGAUGAGAUGCAACGAUUGGCAGCUAUGGUUCGAGAAGGAAAGCUCAAGGUGCCGAUCGAUUCAUGCUGGGAUAUGGAGGAUGUGUUGAAGGCGUAUGAAAGGAUGUUGAGCAGACACGCAAGAGGGAAGGUCAUUGUCAAGAUAUGA